UCUCCUCGCUUUCGCUCGUCUCUCUCUCUCUUCCUCAAAUUUUCUCGGAGCUCCCCGCUGAAAAACCCUAAAUCCUUGCUUCGUCUAUACAUACAUAUACCGUAUCUGUACAUUCUCUGCCUCGGUUCUGCUCAAUAAUGGAGGCUUCCGAGACGAAGAAGCUGUCACAGAAAGAGUUCGCUCUCGCUUCAGUCACUGACCUCUCCUCUCCUUCCGUUUCUCCGUUGUCCUCGCCUGUUGUAGCUAGUUUUUCCUGCGUCCAUGGAGUUACGGAGAUCCGAUUUCACGAAUCCGAGGCGGCAGAUGGUUUCAGUUUCGAUCUUUUUUCGGCUCAGUUAUUCAAGUUGGGGCGCAUGGAGUUGAUCUGCAUUUCGGAUGGUUCGGGUUCCUCAAAGGAGAAUUCGUUCUCUCGAGGAGUCAUUAUCAAAUUUAGAAAUGAGAAGGAAAGCAAGGAUUUUUUUGAUGCGUUUGAGGAGUGGAGGAAGGAUGCUGUUGUUCAAGGAUUAUCCUUGCCAAAUGGAACGGUUUUAGCUAAUAAAAGCAAGUUUGACGAUAAGAUAGAGGCUUCUUCUGCCAAGAUGUAUUUCCAUUAUUACGGACAACUUCUACAUCAGCAAAAUAUGUUGCAAGACUAUGUGAGGACAGGUACAUAUUAUGCUGCAGUCAUGGAGAAUCGUUCAGAUUUUAGUGGUCGUGUUGUGGUUGAUGUGGGUGCUGGGAGUGGAAUUUUGUCAAUGUUUGCUGCACAGGCUGGUGCCAAGCAUGUAUAUGCUGUGGAAGCAUCAGAAAUGGCUGAGUAUGCCCGUAAGCUGAUUGCUGGGAACCCAUUAUUGGCCAAGCGGAUAACAGUGAUCAAGGGAAAAGUCGAGGAUGUUGAGUUACCUGAGAAAGCAGAUGUUUUGAUCUCUGAACCAAUGGGCACCUUAUUGGUCAACGAGAGAAUGCUGGAAUCAUAUGUAAUUGCUAGGGAUCGUUUUCUUUCUCCAAAUGGAAAAAUGUUUCCUACACUUGGAAGGAUUCACAUGGCACCUUUCACCGAUGAAUUCUUAUUUACUGAAAUGGCAAAUAAGGCUUUGUUCUGGCAACAGCAGAACUACUACGGAGUUGAUGUGACACCUCUGUAUGGAUCAGCCUUCCGGGGCUAUUUUUCUCAGCCUGUGGUUGAUGCAUUUGAUCCGAGAUUGUUGGUGGCUCCUCCAAUGUUUCAUGUGAUAGAUUUCACUCAGAUAAAGGAAGAAGAGUUUUAUGAAAUUGAUAUCCCAUUAAAGUUCACUGCCUCCACAUGUACCAGAGUGCAUGGCCUUGCCUGUUGGUUUGACGUCCUCUUUAAUGGGAGCACGGUUCAAAGAUGGCUCACAACUGCCCCCGGGGCACCUACGACCCACUGGUACCAGAUACGAUGUGUUCUCUCGCAGCCUCUUCAUGUGAUGGCAGGACAAGAGCUGACGGGCAGGCUUCAUUUGGUUGCCCACAGCGCUCAGAGCUACACCAUCAAUCUAACUCUAUCAGCUAAAAUGUGGGGACCGGGUGCCGGCCAAGGCGGGAUCCUCCAGACGUCGUCGUGCAAACUCGAUCUGAAAGAACCCUAUUAUAGAAUGUCUCAGCCACAGACAUACACUGUUGCUCAAGAACCGCAACCACAACAGCAGCAGCAGCAGCUAUUAAAUCCACAGGGCAUAGAAAUACAGUACGAUGACUUAGAAGAAGUAGAGCUGAUGCAACAGCCGCCACGCGAUGCAGGUACUCAGCUCUAGAAACCAGACUUUUGUUGAUUCACAGGAAGAAAAGAACAUGAAAAAAAAAUCGAUUUGUUGCCUCGCCCCUCGGGUAUUAUACCUCUGUCCAGUGGUAGAAAAGCAAAAAUGAGAAUGGCGCUGUAGAAUAGAUUCUAGAUAGGAACCAAUGUUGUUGUUGCUUCCAUUCAUGUCAUGUCUCUUGAGUUGUGUCCUCUCCCCACUCUGUCUCCUGGAUUUUCAUAGGCUCGAUCCAUCCGAAUUUUCAUUUCUGGUAUGAUGCUGUGGGAAUGGAUAAGUUUGUUUUCAUCUUGAAGCUUGGAAUCCAGGUUUCUUCUAUA